AUGAGGAACGGCAAACGGGUGAAGGUGAACGGCGUCUUCUGUUCCGGCUGUUCCAUGAUGCACUCGAUGCGGUUGGAGAUGAAGACCGGAGGCGCGGCUGAAGAUGGUGCGGGAGAAAUGGCAACAACACCGGCAGGCUCCUUCUGUGGCAUGCUGCUGAACAGUGGGGGCAAACGGCGGCCUGAACGAAGCUCCAGGGAGAGAAUGGGCCGCAUCGACCGGCUCACGAAUGGCGUGGUGAUCGGAACGGUGACCACGGCGGUUGUGAUCAUCUUGGUGAUCUUCAUCGCCACCGAAAGGCGCGUGUUCAUCCAGCACCAAUUAUUUCCGAUGGCCGGUGGUGAGUCCGGGCCACCGCCACCCGAGGACGUGGUGCCACCACAGCCGUGGUCCCUGGUCGAUCGCCAGGCCUACCUGAGCCACGACAUAGUGGCGCCUUCCUCGGGGAAGCGUCACCCCACGCGCCGCCUGCCCCGACACCUGGUGCCCGUCCACUACUCGCUCGAGCUGCAGCCCCAGCUGGAGGGGAAACCGAAGCAGGUGGACACGUUCCGCGGACAUGUGGACAUACUCGUCAACUGCACGGCUGAGACGGACGUCAUCACUCUGCACGCGUCUCCGGAACUGGAAUUGUCGCUGAGUGGCCACAAGGGCCUCGGUGUGACGGUGCGUCACUCCCAGCCACCGUUCGCCAAGAUCAAAGCCAAUCACUUGACCCUGGAACCGGAAGAGGAGUUUCUCCAAAUUCAUCUGGCAGAAAAGCUCCGCGCUAAUGAGUCCUAUUCAAUGAGCAUCGCUUUCCGGGGAAAACUGGGCACCGACAGAGGCUUCUACAAGUAUCACUACCGCGUCAACGGAACACUCAAACAUCUUCUUCUAACCUUCUUCGAGCCGACGUUCGCACGAAGGGCCUUUCCGUGUUUCGACGAGCCAGACUUCAAGGCUACCUUCACUGUGACAAUCGUUAGACCGGAAGGCUACACUGCUCUUUCCACUAUGCCAGUUGAAAAACGGGAAGAAAGAUCACAAGGCUUUGUGGCGGAUACGUUCGCGCCAACUAUGCCCAUGUCGACGUACACUCUGGCCUUCGCGGUUCUCAACUUCUCGUCCCAGAGCAACGGAAACGUUACCAUAUGGUCUUUGACGGACAGGUCUCCGUACCUGCAGUAUGCCCUAGAGGUGGCUCCAAAACUACUCAAGUUCUAUGAAGACCUGCUGGGCGUCGCCUAUCCACUGCCGAAAAUGGACAUAAUAUCGCUGCCAUCUUUCUUGGCGGACGCUAUGGAGAACUGGGGGCUGCUCACGUUCCACGAGCAGUGCCUCCUGUACGACGAGCGCUCGACGCCGUACAAGAAGCCACUCAUCACAGGCCUCGUAGCCCACGAGAUUGCGCACCAGUGGUUCGGCAACUUGGUCACGAUGAACUGGUGGAGUGAUCUGUGGCUAAACGAAGGAUUCGCCACGUACAUGCAGUACACUGGAGCCGACUACAUCCAGCAGCAGUGGCGAAUGAUGGAUCUGUUCGUGGUUAACGAGAUGCAGCCCAUCUUGAGAGCUGAAUCCACGGUCACGGCUCAUCCGGUGUCGGUGACGUCGAAUUCGACGCAUCACUUGGAUGCACUGUUUGACAGAAUCGUGUACAGCAAGGCAUCAAGUGUGAUUCGGAUGAUGGCACAUUUCCUGACACCGGAGGUAUUCAUGCGUGGUGUUAAAACCUACCUUCACAAAUACAGGUUCAAAAAUGUCAAACAAGAAGACCUCCUCCACGAACUCACUUCAGCUCAAGGUGAUGAACAGAAGGUGAGCGUUAAGCGAGUUAUGAAGUCCUGGCUGAAGACCCCCGGCUACCCUCUGCUGACGGUCACCAGGAACUACAGCACGGGAACAGUCGUCGUCCACCAGGAAGCCUACGCCACCCGGCAUGACACGAAGGCCAUCUGGAAUAUUCCUGUGACGUACACGACCAUGUCAGAGAAGAACUUCGACAACAACGCCAAGAUCGAAUGGCUGAACAAGCGAGAAGGGAAACUCAAGAAAAACAUGGAAGCAAGCAACCAGUGGCUGAUAGUGAAUAUCCAGCGCGUUGGUUAUUACCGGGUCAACUAUGACGUCUUCAACUGGAGGCUGCUUCAGUCUCAGCUGAGAGAAAAACCCGAGGCAAUACAUGUCUUGAAUCGGGCGCAGCUCAUUGAUGAUGCCUUGGAUCUUGCAAAGAACGGACACCUGCCUUACGAAAUUGCUUUGGAGUUUCUGGACUUGGUUCGUCCGGAAGAUGACUACAUGCCCUGGAAAUCGGCUCUGGAUGGCAUUCAUGACCUUGAUUUCCUUAUCAGGAAGACGAAAUACUACAGGAAGUAUCAGGUGUUUGUGCGGUUCAUUCUCAACAAGAAGUUUGAAGCCUUUACACAAGAAAGGAGCAGCAACCUCUCUGCCACUGACGACCUGCUUCGCAAGUCAAUCAUCAUGAACUCGUGCUACUUCGAAAACGAAGCUUGUCUGGCAUUCUCAACGAACAAGUUCAGAAUCUUCCUGGAUGAACCAUCGAAAAUACAAAAAGCUCUGCGCAAGAAUCCAUGGCGCACCAUGGUGGUGCUGUGCCAAGGCGUGCGUCUAGACAAUGGCAGCCACUGGCAGUUCGUGCUGGACCACCUGGACGAGGCAGCCACGGACGAGAGCAAACGCGCCGCCGUCAGGGCACUCGGAUGCGCCGAGAAUCGAUCCCGGCUUAAAGAACUCCUGAAUCACGCCUUCGACAAGCCCGAGUUUCCAGGGAAGAUGCAGUACAUAUUCGAGAGCCUUAUGGAGACGCCGAUGGGCGAGGAGCUCGCCUCAGACUUUCUCUUGAAGAACCUCAAGAAGCUCAUUCGCAAGUACGGAACGGGACCUUCUAUGAAGCAUGCUAUACGGGCUGUCGUCACCGGAGUCCGCAGUGUGGAUCGGUUUAAUAAGAUCAAGCACUUCCACGAAGAUCUCUCUCGGCGUCGCCGGUUUCCUCGAAGAGUGGACCUGGCGUUUGUCGGCGCGUUGACCGAGGCCGAGCGUGCGCUGCUCUGGACGCGGAAUCACGGCCGCCAGGUCGAGGAGUGGCUUGACAAGAAAAUGUCCAAGUAUCCAUUUCUCUACGAGGAUGUCGUCAGAGCCAUGUACUAG